UCAUCCACCCACCCAAUAUGUCCACACACAUACACGCAGUGUCAAAGCUCUGCCUCUAAUGGCGGUUUUCACACACUGAAUGGAUUCAAUCACACCCCCAAAUCCCACUCAAAAGAGUCAGAGGUAGAGAGUCAACCGACAUUUGCUUUCAAUCAUGGCUCCGGCUCUUAGCUCUAACUCAUUUCUCCUUGCCACUACACCUCACACCAGUCUCGCUUCACUCAAAAACCCUAGGAGAUUAAUCGUAUGUGCGAAGAAAUCCGAUGUAUCUUCUGCCGGAGAAGGUGAAACCGAGAAUCGAUUUCGGUUCAAUUUCGACUUCGGGAAGGUUUCCGAUAUGAAAUCGUUGAUUCCAGUUGUGAGUAAUCCGUCAUCCUCGGGUUCUUUGUUUGGUAGACGUAAGGAUCCGAAUACGGUGUUUGUUGCUGGAGCUACUGGACAGGCCGGAAUUAGCAUUGCUCAGACUCUGCUCCGGGAAGGUUUUAGUGUUAGGGCUGGCGUGCCGGAGCUCAGCGCUGCCCAGGAUUUGGCUCGUUUGGCCGUAAAUUACAAGGUCAUCUCCUUAGAAGAAUCCAAACGUCUGAAUGCAGUCGAAUCCACCUUCCAAGACCCUGAAGCCAUAGCAAAGGCAAUUGGGAACGCCAGCAAAGCUGUAGUCACAAUCGGUCCAUUUGAAAACGGUCCAACAACAGAGGUCACCACAUCAGAAGCUCUUGAAUUCAUUCAAGCUGCACAAUUAGCCGGUGUCAGCCAUGUGGCCAUAAUUUACGACACUGCCCCUGAAUCCACCUCAACAAACAACGUAUUAGACGGGAUCUCAUCCUUUUUCAACAAUCUUUUCACAAAAUCACAGCCGUUGACAUUGAAAGAGUUUCUAGAUGGUUUGAUUGCAACCGAUGUGAAGUACACCCUGAUCAAGACCAAACUAACCGAUGAUUAUAGUUUGGAGAGUUCAUACAAUGUUGUUGUGAAUGCCGAAGGGAUCACUGCAGAAAACGACUACAAAGUAUCGAAGUCACGGAUUGCAUCGUUGAUAGCAGAUGUCUUUUCCAACACAGAAGUAGCAGAAAAUAAGGUUGUGGAAGUGGCUACAAGUCCCAAUGCAGCUGCGAAGUCGGUGAGUGAACUUUUCAGUGCAAUUCCGGAGGAUGGUAGACGAAAAGCUUAUGCAGAAGCAAAAGCAAAAGCGGAGGAAGUUGAAGAAAAAGAGGUGAAAAAAUUGGAAGCAAAAGAGGAGGCUGCAACUGCAACACCGAGUUUAGCAGAAGAUGUUCAAGAGAAGGCGACAACAGCAGCCCGAAAAUCAUUCACAGAACUCAUGGAUCGAUUCAAAUCCGUGACCCAGGAACCUGAAAAAGAAGAAAAAGAAGAAGAAACCUCGGAGGAUCAAAAUGGUGCACCAGGGUUAGCCAUGUCAUGGGAUAAACUGAGCUCAGGGUUCGCAUCAGCGGUUAAGAAGAACAACAUUCAGCUACCAAAAGUGCAGAUUGCAACAGUUAGAGGACAAGCCAAGGCUCGGGCUUUGGCUCCAAAACAAGCCGUGGUUAAGAAAGCUGCGGCUAGAAAGGAGCCACGGGUGCAGCCUAAAGAGCCGAAAGCUGAAAAAAGGAAGAUCUUUGGGGGCGUGUUUCAGCAGGAGACCAUUUAUGUUGAUGACUGAGACCAUUUCUUUAUGUUAAAUGUAUAUGUGAAUUGUAGUUGAAUCUUCGAUGGUCGAAUGCUGGUUUAAUUAACUAGCUCGAGCAUCAACUUAUUCACUUGUAUCCUUUUGUUUUGUUUUUGUUCAUCUCGUAUAUUUUUUUUUUCAGAGUACCAAUAUAUAUUUAUUCAGUUUUAA